CGGGGGUGGGUGGUUCAGGCUUGGAGCAGACAAAACCUUAGAACCAGAUGGCAGCAUGGAGGAGUGGGAAAGGAACGUCCUGGAGUUGGAGAGAAUCAGACACACGAAAGGGAAAUGAAGUGGUCAUUGCUUGGCACAAAUUAAUAAAGGGCUCGGAUGCUUGUAUAUACAAUGCCUCUAUGAUACAAAGUUGCUGAGAGAUAUUUUCGAUCAUUUCAGGGCACCGGGCCUACUACCCAUACCUUUUUAUACGCCCUCAUUCAAACAAUGCAGCUAUGAUAGCAAACAUUCAACAAAAAUAAGCUCAACAUGUGACCAAGAUUCCAACCCCCGAGGUUAUUGUACAGUACAUCCCCUUAUCAAGGUAUGCUAUCCCAGCACACCCCCACUUCUGAUGCGAGUUCAUGCUCCUUCACUCCUCAUAUCCAGGCCCCCGAGCCGCGAGAUACCAAAUGUACCUUUCCAUCUAGCGUACGAACACGCUUACUCGGUUUUCCCCGCACUUGACAUCCACGAUAGGCCCUCCGUGCGUCCGAAAGGAAUCCCGCAUCCGCCAAUGCCGUGGGAAUAACGACGGAUACUCUCUUGCCCCCACUAUCGAAAAAAACCCCUUAUCACGCGAUCGACCGCGUAAAUCACGCCAUCGAGUAUUUUUUUUUGUUUUUUUUUGUUUUUUUCUAUUCCUUUCCACAAAAUUUUCCUCCCGUACGGGAUGAGAGGGCGAGGUUUGGGCGUGUUCAAAACGAGUAUCGAUUGGUAAAUAUGACCUCAAGUUCUGGGUUACUAAUAAGACCUUUGCUUCCCCGAGAUGGAUAGAAGGGUACCUUAACUUUGCGACGGGUUUUCUCUACGAGAGGAGGCAAUUCGGGGAGUCUACCUCCAUCUGUCUUCGACAAACGCUUAAUUGAUAGUGGAGCAAGGGAAUAUAUGAUGUAGGAAUGCUUUGAUGACAAACUCGAUUUGUUGAAGCCAAAUUUACGGCCCUACCGGACUAGUCUCCACUGGCCCUGCCCUCCAGCUUAAAAGUGCUCACCCUGUGGGAAGGCGCUACUUGAUUGCUUUCUAGAGUGGUGGUUGCUCAAAAUGGUAGUGCUUCAUCAUGUAUCACUCGCCAGGUUUCUCCCCAGGAGUGGCUUGAAUGCUCCUAACCCUUCUCUUUUCACUCCAUGCCUACCGUUACACGAAGGAUACAAUUUCUCAGGAAUAUCAUCGGCCGGCCAACUGGGAACAACUCUGCAUCGCUCCCUGGCGAUAAGAGUAGCCUUGCAGUCCGGGUGGAGAGAACUGAGAGCCGGAAGAAACCCGUGGAAGAUCGGUGAUGGGUCAGCCCAAUCGAGAGGACAUGUAGGGUUUAUUAUGAUAUAAUGCUGUUAGGAAAUGCGAUCUGGUAGCAGAGGGGCGGGGAGAGGUGUCCUAGGGUAUUCGGAAAGCAUUGCAGGUUGAUGCUGAUAAAUCCCGCAGCCUUCUUCGGGGUUGCCUGUCCUAGGCAAUAUACAAGGGCCAUCCAAGAAAAAGUGGUACGGAGCCGGGUAUUGAUGUUAAUUCCGGUCAAAAUCAGUGGUCCGGGGAAUCCAACCUGCCCGGGAGCAUAAAUAUUCCAUUUCUCAACAAGAGCAUAGAAAGCAGUCUUCUUUUGAUAGAUGGAUUAAAUUUGAGUCUACUCCUCACCCAUCCCUCACCCAUCAAUUAUAUCCCUUAGAAGUUAACCGAGGCAAUGGGAAAUAGAGAACCAUCCAGGGUAAUGUCUCUCGGGUGUGCCACUGAUACCGAAACUUCAAUCAAGCACCCUACAGUACCACUAUUUAUAGUCUGACGCAUAUAUGGCAAAAAAUCCGUGUGUAUCUCAGCGCCCAUGCAAAUCCACGACCCCUGUCUCCUAGUACUUAUUGCCUAGGGCGAGUACUCUACACGCAGGAACUUGGCCCCUCCUAGGUCCCGAGGCAUGGUACCUUACUUUUUAAUUACUAGGAAUUUUAACCCGGAGUUAAACCGACGUUUUUGCCACGCACAGGCGCUUGAUGGGCCACUGAAUCUUCGCCGAUAUCAUGGAUCCCAUUAGUUGAUAUUCCAUCACAGGGGUCUCAUCCCUCCUUUGUCACUACAACAACACUUUGUCAGGGACUGAUUUCUAAAGUUUGCACUCUUCUGGCAACGUCUAAUCCUACACCACCCGUAUAUAUGCCAAGACCCGAUUAGGACUAGUAUUGCUUUUUUCACACCCUGCUAUCUUGAGCACGCAAUUUCAACUCAAGAUUCAACCAUCGGCCCUGCAGUCUCUAUUGAAAUAGAUUCC